UAAAGCUCUCAUCACAUGGGUGCAAAGCUGCUGUCAUCCUGGGCCGCUAAUCCCUUUAUACCCAGCGCCGUGCAGCCUAAAUGUGUUGGCAGAAUAAAGGCGUGUCUUUCAACCAUGCAUAUCAUAGCGCGACGAGCCGCGAUAGGCUUCGGCUCUCCGCUUCUCCUCACCUCAGUGCGCACCAGCAGGUCCACCGGCUGCCGCGGGAUCCUGACCAUGGCCGAGCGCUCCCCACAAUCAGAUGUGUUCAACAAGCCCAAGAUCGAGCUGCAUGUUCAUCUUGAUGGAGCCAUCAGGGUACAGACCAUCAUUGAAGUUGCCAAGAGACGAGGCAUCUAUCUGGAAAAGACAGCUGAGGAAUUGAAGGAGAUGAUCAUCCUUCAUGAGCCUGCCACUCUCACUGAAUUCUUGGAAAAAUUCAACGUGUACAUGCAUGUGAUUGCUGGCGACCGGGAGGCCAUAAAGAGGAUCGCCUAUGAGUUUGUUGAGGACAAAGCCAAGGAAGGGGUCAUUUACGUUGAGGUCAGAUACAGCCCACAUUUCCUAGCCAACUGUAAUGUGGAGCCCAUUCCAUGGAACCAGCAACAAGGAGACUUGAGCCCAGAUGAUGUGGUGCAUCUGGUAAACGAGGGCCUCAGGGAGGGGGAGAUGGCCUUCAAGAUCAAAGCCAGGUCCAUUCUUUGCUGCAUGCGCCACAUGCCAAGCUGGUCCAUGGAUGUUGUGCAGCUGUGUAACAAGUAUCGAAAUAAUGGGGUGGUGGCCAUCGAUCUGGCAGGUGAUGAGCUGCAGAACUGUGAAGCCUGCCCAGAGCACAAGACUGCCUACGAGGAGGCCGUUCGUUUGGGGAUACAUCGCACGGUGCACGCAGGAGAGGUGGGCCCAGCAACGGUGGUGAGAGAGGCUGUGGAAGUGCUGAAAGCUGAACGCAUCGGACACGGCUACAGAACCCUGGAGGACCAAGCCCUAUACAAAGAUCUGCUAGAAAAAAAUAUGCACUUUGAAAUGUGUCCUAUUUCCAGUAAAUGGACAAAGGCGUGCCCCUCAGACUUCAGCAAACACCCCAUCAUCAGGUUCAGACUGGACAAGGCUAACUACUCCCUGAACACAGAUGACCCUCUGAUCUUCAACUCCAACCUGGCACUCGACUACAGCACUGUGUAUGAAUACAUGGGAUUCACAGAGGAAGAAUUCAUACGGGUGAACAUCAACUCUGCAACGUCUUGCUUCCUUCCAGACGAGGAGAAACAAGAGCUCCUCCAAACGCUGCAUACGGCCUACGGGAUCACAAUUUAAGAUCACAAUUUGGUGUGAAGGAAUGAUGCUCGUAUUUUUUCCACCCCAUGUUUCUGUAUCUGGCCUCAGGACAAAUGCAGGUGAAAAAGGUCUCCAUACCAAAGUGCAGUCUUAUACGUGUCCGCUAGGUGGCAUUAUGAUGUUUCCCAAGUGGAAAAAGCACAGCACCUCUAAUGUGGAUUUUUCCAAAUUUGAUAUUAAUUUUUCUUUUGAUGUAAAUAUUUAAAAUAUUUUAAUUUCUCUAAAACAGAAAAGCACUUAUGUCCAACUCUUUUGUAGCUGUAAUAACAAAAAAAAUCUGCCCCCAUUGUAAUAAAAGCUAUUGAAAAAAUA